AUGGUAGCGGCCAGCGAGGAGGGCGCUGACAGGGGCCGGAUGGCAGGUGUCGGUGAGCUCCGAUGGGGGUCGGAGGGCAGGCGCCAGCAGGGGCCAGAGGGGGCAGGAAACGAGUGUGUGACUGGAGCAGCGGGUUACAUCGGAUCAUGGCUGGUGAAGAAUCUUCUGGAAAGGGGUUACACAGUGAACGCCACUCUCAGAGAUCCAGGAGACGAGAAGAAAUCUAGCCCUUUAUUAGAUCUGUCAGGAGCAGAGGACAGGCUUAAGCUCUUCCAAGCUGAUCUGCUGAAAGAGGGAAGCUUCGAUUCUGCAGUGGAGGGUUGUGAAGGCGUUUUCCAUGUAGCCGGGUCCUAUGGGCCCUCAAACCUCACCUGUAAGUAAAGAAUUUAAAAAAGUACAGGUAAACUUUUAAAAAUGUGACAA